AGAACACAGCAGUCCCUCACAAUCUUCUCUCUACCGAGGCCAACAUUAUUGCUACCAAAUUCUUCGGUGUACACAGAUCGGCAAGCAGAGUUCGACGUUCGGUUGUGUAGAUCGUUUCCAGACUCUUACAGGACAGGUCAGAAUCAUGGCUAGACCGUCAACAUGGAUUUUGCUUGUGGUGGUAGCCCUCCUUGCAUCCACUGCUCUUGUGGUCAGAUGCGAGGAGACGAUCGGCCAAAAAGUGGAUGCUGCAAAGGAUGCAGCUGCGAACAAGGUCGAUGAGGCCAAGUCCACAGCUAAUGAGAAGGCAAGCGAGGCGACAGACGCCAAGGAUGGCGCCGGCAAGAAGGUGGACGAGGCAAAGGAUACUGCCGGGAAGAAGUUGGGCGAUGCAAAGGAUACUGCCAGCAAGAAGGUGGACGAGGCAAAGGACACUGCGGCCCAGAAGGCAAAGGAGACCGCAGACAAGACGACUGAAACCUCCAAGGACGCUGCAGAGAAGGCAUCGCAGACUGCAGGAGCUACCAAGGAAAGUGUUGAGGAUGCCACCAAGGCUGCUCAGGACACCUCGGGCUCUUACCUCGAGUGGGCCGUCGAGAAAGUGAAGAACCUCGCCGGAACUGCCCAGCAGAUGGCCAACGACAAGUACGCUGAAGCGAAGGAUGCUGCUUCAACCCUGUCAUCUGAAAGUCAGAAGAAAGCUGGAGACGCAGCUGAUGCUGUCUAUGCCACCAAAGACGAAGCUUCAAAGAAAGCAGGCGAAGCCACUGAGACAACCAAGGAGUACGCUGCCAAGGCUGGUGAGCACCUUGCAGCAGCCAAGGACAAGGUCACCGACACCGCAGCAGACGCUACUGAGUACAGCAAGAACAAGGGCGGUGAAGUCACUGACAAGUCGAAGAAGACAGCUCAAGAGACUUAUGAUGCUGCCAAGAACACCGUCGCCGAUAAGUUAAAGGCCACUCAAACCGCUGCAGGAGAGACAUCUGAAGAAGCGAAGAAGGAUUAUGAAACUGCCAAGGAGAAAUUAUCUCAAACCGCGGGUCAUUUGGGACAGAAGGUGAAGGAUAGUGCAGACUUGGAAGCUUCUCACGAGGAGUUGUAAGUUAGAAAAGUUGAGGAGUCUUUUCAUCUAGAGAAACAUAUCAUCUGGCUUGUAGAUCCGAAGUAACCAGAUGUAUGUGCUAUAGCGAAUGACCUCACUCGACUCUAAGAGUGGCACUAUUCUAUGCAUAUAUACUGUCGAUUGAUUUUUGCAUGACUACGGUAGCUGUCAGUGCCGGUUGUAGCAUGAAUGGAGUGGUUGGUAAGCGUAGUCUAUUAGUGUACAUUGUUAACAUCAAAUUGGCUUCGUUCUGCCAACAUGUAUAAAACUGCCAAUAAAUUUUUUCCAUCAGCAGCAUGCAA